AUGUACGCCAGCACCAGGCUCGCCCCCUCGAGGGCGUCGCGCGUCCUCGUCCAGCGGAGGCUGCUCUCGUCCUCUGUGCCGAGCCGCAACGCCGCUACCGAGGCCGCUGCCAACUUUGGUGUGCCCGCGCCCAAGCCCAAGAAGAGCGGCGGCUUCCGUCGUCUUGUGACGUACACCCUCGUGGGUGGUGCCCUCUUCUACCCGGUGUCGGCGUACGCGUCGACCAAGAACGAGACGUACCGCGAACUGUUCACCAAGCUUCCCGGCGGUGAGGCACUUGCCGACUUUGCCGACGAGCACGGCUGGGACCGUUUCGGCGUGGGCACCAUCACCAACGCCGCGGUGCGCCUGACGCACUCGACCGACGACAUGGGCGCCAAGCUCGAGGAGGCCAAGAAGGCCGCCGAGGCCAAGGCUGCUGAGCUCACCGCGUCGGCCAAGGCGUCUGCUGCCGAGGCCCAGAAGCGCGCUUCUGCCGCUGCCGUGUCGGCCAAGGCCAAGGCUGCUGAGCUCACCAAGGAGGCCGAGGCCAAGGCUGCCGAGGUCGUCGACAAGGUCGAGAAGGCCGCCCACAUUACCCACGCCAAGGCCGACAAGGCUGUCGCUGCCGCCUCGGACAAGACUGAGAAGGUCGUCGAUGCUGUCCAGACCAAGGCUGCCGCUGUGGCCGACAAGGCCGCUGCUGUUGGCGACAAGGCCGACAAGGUCGUUGAAAAGUACGUCAACAAGGACGCCAAGGCCGUCGAGGAGGUCGUCAACGCCUACGCCACUGUCAACUACCCGGACCUUGCCAAGCCCCGCGCUCUCCGUCCCGAGACUGUCCAGCCCCAGAAGCCCAGCUUUGAGGGCAAGGAGCAGUACAACGAGUCGCUCCCUCUGGGCUUUGAGGCUCCCCCCGGCUACUACGUCAAGCCCCCCGCGCCCAAGAAGAAGGUGCCCGAGGGCGAGCCCCUGCCGCUCCUCGUCCCGCAGGUCAAGGAGAUUGCCGCUGCCGAGCCCGUCAUUGCCCAGCUUGCUACUACCAUUGACUCGCUCACCACUUCGCUCUCCAAGGGCAAGGGCGGACCCAGCGCCGACGCUGCCGACAUUCUGUCGCGUGCCCAGGGCGACCUCGCUGCGCUCAACCAGCGUAUCGACGACGUGAAGAAGGCCGAGAAGGAGCGCCUCGAGAAGGCUGUUGCCAAGCAGCAGGCCGAGUUUGAGACUGCCCUCAAGCAGAAGCAGAACGAGUGGGAGAAGGACGAGGCUGGCCUCAAGGAGACUUGGGAGACUGAGCGCCAGAAGAUGGUCGACGGCUGGCGCGAGGUGCUCAACGGCGAGCUCGAGACCCAGCGCCAGAUCAUCGAGCAGCGUCUCAAGGAGGAGGUUGUGUCGCAGGGUAUCGAGCUCCAGCGCCGCUGGCUGAGGUCGAUCAAGUCGCAGGUCGAGACUGAGCGCGGUGGCCGUCUUGCCAAGCUUGACACGCUCAACACUUCGCUCAAGCAGCUCGAGCGCAUCACCCUCGACAACUCUGCCGUCCUCGACGACAACGUCCGCCUGCACAAGAUCUGGUCGGCCCUCCGCGCCGUCCAGACCAAGGCCGAGAACGGUGACGUCUCGUUUGACGACGAGCUCCGUGCCCUCCAGUCGCUCGCGUCGGCCACCGACGGCCCCAACGCCUCGGACAAUGCCGUCAUCCGCGCCGCCCUCGGCCAGCUCGAGUCGAGCGGCAUCCCCCAGACCGGCGUCAAGUCGUUCGCCUCCCUGUCGUCAUGGUUCACCACCUCGGUCGCGCCCCGCAUCCACGAGGCCUCGCUCGUCCCCGCUCCCGAGGACGCCGGCGUCGGCUCGCACAUUGCCUCCACUGUCCUUUCCAAGCUCCUGUUCCGCCCCAAGGCCGGCCUCGCCGACGGCGCCGACGUCGGCUCCGUCCUCGCCCGCGCCGAGUGGGCUCUGUCUGAGAAGGACCUCGACAGCGCCGCCCGCGAGGUCAACACCCUCACCGGCUGGCCCCGCAAGCUCGCCGACGACUGGCUCCGCGAGGCCCGCCGCAAGCUCGAGGUCCAGCAGGCACUCGAGAUUGUCGGCGCAGAGGCCACCUUGUCGUCCCUCCUCAUGGUUUAA